GACAUGUAAACACUCUCUGAAGCUAAGGUAGCGAGGUAGCUCAUUGGCUCAACGUCACAUCGCUGUCUUCUUGUUGAUAUCUAGUUCUACAUCAACAUGUUUAAAUUGAAGCUGAUAUUAGUGCCAGGGUGCUGUUUGUGUCCGUGAGCAUGCGUGUUGCGGGGAGAAGGUCGCGUUCGUCCCGUCUACACUCACUGUUGUGUACAUAGACUGAUUUCCGCUUAUUAUCAUCACCCGUCGCCACCGUCCAGCAGCGAUGUACAAGGAGGGGGACGAGCUGCAGGACGACUGCGGCUCCCGGGAGGAGUGGACGCUGCUGUUCUGGACCUCGCUGGCCGUCAUCGUCCCGGUCAUCAUCACGCUGUGGUGCAGCGCCCAGCGCUCCAAGCGGAAAACGCACAUGAAGGAUUUCUUUCGCAAGAGCAAGCACGGCUGGCACUACACAGACCUGUUCAACAAGCCCACCUACUGCUGCGUCUGCUCCCAGCACAUCCUCCAGGGGGCUUUCUGUGACUGCUGCGGCGUGUGCGCCGACGAGCAGUGCCUGCGUCGGGCCGACCGCAGCCUGCUUUGCAAGGAGAUCAUGGCUCCAUGUAGCCCCGGCAGAGCCAUGGAGCACCGCUGGGUGCGCGGAAACGUCCCCCUCGCCAGCUACUGUGCAAUGUGCAAACAGCAGUGUGGGACCCAGCCGAAGCUCUGCGACUUCAGGUGUGUGUGGUGUCAGAACACAGUGCACGAUGACUGCAUGGACAGCCUGACGGACGCAGACCAAUGUGAACUGGGCGAGUUCCAUAACCUCAUUAUCCCACCUCACUACCUGUACCACGUCAACAAGCUCCGCCGCAGGAACCCUGAGGAGUACAGCAAGCUGGCAUCUUCCUGUGGCAGUGGCUGGACUCCAGUGUUGGUCUUGGCUAACACACGUAGCGGGAACAACAUGGGGGAGGCUUUGCUGGGAGAAUUUCGCACCGUUCUGAAUCCUGUGCAGGUGUUUGACCUGUCGGAGCUGACUCCCUCCAAAGCCCUGCAGCUGUGCACCCUGCUGCCCCCCGGCAGUGUCCGGGUGCUGGUGUGUGGGGGCGACGGCACUGUGGGCUGGGUGCUGGAUGCCAUCGAUACUAUGAAGCUGAAGGGCCAAGAUCAGUUUAUGCCCAGGGUGACCAUCCUUCCCCUGGGGACAGGAAAUGACCUUUCCAACACUUUAGGCUGGGGUGCCGGGUAUGCUGGAGAGAUCCCCGUGGAACAGGUUCUCCGUAACAUCCUUGAUGCCGAGGUGGUCAAAAUGGACAGGUGGAAAGUGCAGGUGGCUUCAAAAGGCCUCUAUUUUCGUAAACCAAAGGUUCUGUCCAUGAACAACUACUUCUCUGUGGGGCCCGAUGCUCUGAUGGCGCUCAACUUCCACACACACCGUGAGAAAACACCCUCCUUCUUCUCCAGCCGCAUCAUCAACAAGACUGUAUAUUUCCUGUAUGGCACCAAAGAUUGUUUAGUGCAGGAAUGUAAGGAUCUGGAUAAGAGGAUUGAGUUAGAGCUGGAUGGAGAAAGGGUGGCGCUGCCCAGUCUGGAGGGCAUCAUAGUUUGUAACAUUGGCUACUGGGGUGGAGGCUGCAGACUCUGGGAGGGUAUGGGGGAUGAACCCUGCCCCCCCACACGGCUGGAUGAUGGUCUGCUGGAGGUGGUGGGUGUGUUUGGCUCCUUUCACUGUGCUCAGAUCCAGGUCAAGAUGGCCAAUCCUGUACGGCUGGGACAGGCCCACACUGUGAGGCUGGUUCUCAAGAGCUCCAAGAUGCCCAUGCAGGUGGACGGGGAGCCGUGGGCCCAGGGUCCCUGCAUCAUCACCAUCACCCAUAAGACCCAGGCCCUCAUGUUGUACCACAGCACCGAGCAGACGGACGAUGACGACGACGAAUCCAGUGGCUCCGAGUCGGAGAGCCCCGUCCCUCACGACUCACCCAGGCCCCUGGGGCCGGCCUCUGCUCGUGCAUGACCCAGCCCAACCAUCAUGUGAUCUGAAGUUCCUCUUUUCUUAAGUUUCUUACUUUUUUUUUCUGCAGCCCAAUUUCUAUUAAUCCCUUAUUUGCAAUAUUGUAUUCCUCUAAGAUCUUUGAACACACUUUAUCCUCAAAUCCGUUGAUGAGAAUAGGUGUUUCCUGCGUAAUCAUUUCAUAUGUUUUAAGAGAGCUCACAGGGGUUUAAAGGUUAUAUAGAAAUGGGCUGGUAUGAUUUAGUUUUUCCGUCUAUUAUCUCCAAGCUCCCCAUAUGUUGUAACCGAGAGCUCAGGCAGUUCCCCCUCCACAUGUGGGACAGUCGGGAGGAUGUGAAUGUUUUGAAAAAAGAUUGCUGUUUAUUUGCACUGAUCCCUUGUGCCAUAGACAUCUAUAGUCAACUAUACUAUAUUUAUUAUACUGUACUUACAAUGUAAUGCCCAGUGUAGCCCAGCAGGUAUCAGUCAGCCAUCUUUAACAAGUUGCCCAGGUUCAAUUGACCGAACCACCACAAAGCCAUGUCUAAAUCAACAGCAGGUGAUGACGCAUUAAUCUACGAGAGAUCAGUACUGUCGCAACGUUUGUGAAGUGGAGGUUUGGCUGAAGGUACAUCCAAAGCUUCAAGGACAUUUUUUUUACUCCAGAAAAAGCACAAACGUUAAAAUGCACAGAAUAUAAAUUAAAUUCCCUUUUUAGUGCUCAUUACAUUGUUUUGAAGUGUCUCAGAAUCUUGAUGGAGCAAGGGCUCUGUUACAACUGCAGUGUGCUGUCAAUCACUGGACAUUGAUGUUGUUUCGUUUACUUCAUGGUGCCCUGUCUCAAGUAGCUCCCAAAACUGCUAGAUUGUACUAAGUUACAGGAGCUACAGGAAACAGCCUGGCCUUUUUAUUUUGAAAGUACUGCCAAGUACCUUGUCAGAGGAUUGCUUUUUUGCCUACAUUGUUUUCCUCCUGUUUACACAUUUUGUGUUGCACUGUUUUGGCACUUACACUGAUAAAUACCUUACACUGCUUAGGAUGUAUGUUAUAUACAUGAUGCUGACCUUUGAUGUGGCUGCCGAUAGUAAUAACUGUUGAUGAGAUUAAGCUGUCCUAUGUUGUUAUUUUACUUUAUUCAAGUAAUCCUACUGCAUCAUUUGUGGUUUACCAAAUGGUCACCACAAGAUGGCAGGCUACAGACAGUAUUUUCUGUAGACAGGUCCAGUAGAGUUGGUCUUCUAAACCUUAAACCUCUACAGUUUACUAUUAAUACCAUCAGAGUUACUAGCAUGUACUUAUCUGUGUAGUGUUCAUUUGUGUUUCUGUCUGUCCAAUAGUCUACAUGUAGGGAAAUUAAUUAGGGCUGCAACUAACAAUUAUUUUCAUUAGCGAUUAUCUGCCCAUUGGGUCUAUAGGUCCAAGGUGAUGUAUUUAAAUGUCCAAAAAAGAUAUUCACUUUAUUAUGAUACAAAACAGAGAAAAGCAGGAAAUCUCCAUAUUUGAGAGGCUGAAAACUGCAUUUUCUGCCAUUUGUGCAUAAAAAAUGACCUUAUCAAUUAAUCGAUUAUGAAACUUCUCUGUCCAUCGACUAAUCGAUUAGUCUACUAAUUGUUGCAGCUCUAAAAUUAAUUUCACCAUUUGAGGUGGUCCUGUUUAUUGCAGAAUGGUUGCAUGUUGCUUACAACCACAUCUGAAAAGCCUGUAGAAUGUUAGUUUAUGCUUUCUUAUAAACCUGGAGCCAACUUGCUGCACAUAAGGCUGAACAGGGAUCAGUUUUUAGCCGCGUGAUGCCUAUGCUUUUGGAAUAUGCACCUCCUUGGCAGGUAACCAAGCCUCGUGGUUUCGUCACUCUCUGUUUGUUUGGUGAAUGUCCUCUUGCUCAAGGACACCUGUAUGACCUUUUAACCUUAUUUUCCAUGUUUACCAGAGUUUUGUGUGUUGUGUUGCACUGAAUUAGCUUAAAUGUUUAUUAGCAGGUUUUUUAGCCACACUAGCAGCAUGGCCUGUAGUUUAAUACACUGUUGAGAAUGAAAUACCUCGAUAACUGUUGGAUGCAAUUUUGUACAGAUAUUGAUGGUACCCUAAGAAUAAAUCCUAAUCAUUUAGUUGAUCCUGAGUAUUUAAUUAAAGCCAUCAUCAGGUCAAAAUCUGUUUUUUGAGACUAGGCUAGAUAACAUGCUAAAUAGUAGCAUAAUAACGUAAGCAUGAUGGCACUAGCUUUUCAUUCAAAUCAGAGGUGGACCUUAAUACAGAUGUUGACUCUGUCAUUUGUAUCCAUAGUUAACAAAGCUUUAUGCUGUUUUGCAGAGUGAAAUGGGUCACUGGUAGUGGCGAAACCAGAGAAAAUUAUGACCCACUGAGAUCAAUUCCUGCCCUCCAAUUUAGCAUCUUUCAGUUCAUAGUUUUGGUUGAAUCUCAUUAUUCUCAUGAGCCUUGUAAAAAAUGUAUGUCUCGUGCACAGCACAAAUGGCACACAGACAAUGCAGCGACUGGCAAGUGGCUAGUUAGUGUGCUAGCUUAAUGGCGAAAAUACUUUUUCCACAGAAGAUGCUAUAGGUUAAAACAGAGCCACAAAGAGAGUGACUAUUGCACUUACAGUUGCCAGGUCGCCAAAAACGUGACUUCAAAUUGAUGUUGAUUAAGGUGUGUAAGUAGGCUUUUGUUUGCUAAUUAUAUUUUGCAUAGAAACUUGAUUAAGCCAUAAUAUAUCAAACGUGUUGUAUUAUGCCUUCAAGUGGCCAAAGCAAAAAUCUGAUUCUGCAGCUUUCAUCUGAUGAAAGUUGGCAAUGUACAAGCCUGAUAAGAUGAGUAGAGAAUAACCCUUUAGAGUUACAUAAUGGCGUGGCAUUUUUUCUGGUGCCACCAUGAGAUUCUGCCCCACUAGCAGUAUAGCAGUAAGGAUUAACAGCAGCAAAGUGGUCUUUCCAUUUGUAAACCAUCUAACAAAUGUGUUUCCUGGCAUAUAAUGACUAUUACACCUCACAAGGUUGCUGGCGUGGCUAAAGACCUUUACUUGUUUUAAUGUUAGAGGUGGAGGGACAUGACUGAUGGUUGUUUUGUAUGUUCACAAUUCCAGUGAGUUUCAUUAUUAUUUGUUAAAUUUUGGCAGAAAUAGCAGUAUUUAUAUAGUCUCCAUUUAUCAAAGCAAAUUCCCCUGUCUUGUGUGUACCAAAAUGCUUUCAUUAUCAAUUAAUAUAUAUUUGAAUAUGCUUACUUUUCCUGAGGUCAAAUAUCUGUAAAAAAAAAAAACAAGAGAACCCUAAAGGCUGAUAAGAAUGUGCAGAAGACAUAAUUAAUUUCACUUUGACUAC